AAAUUUAUCACACGCACAAAUUUGCGGACGUAUUGGCCGCAACUCGGAGGCGCGGAGCCGAGCUCAGAGUCGCUCGAAAGCGUGGUUAUAGAGGUGAGUUUUUAAGUCUCUCUUGAAGGAGGCGAUUGAGGUGAUUCUGCGAAUGUACAGAGGGAUAGCGUUCCAGACUGUUGGGGCUGCCACAGAGAAGCGGCGCAUAGACGUGAUGACCAUCCUGGAUCUUGGUAUCAAGAGGAGGUCGUGAAUCGCGCUGCGCAGGCAUCUGCCGUGUGCUGCGCUGCAAGUUGUCAAUAAUGAAGAAAGUUUCAGUGCAGGCAAUUUACUCCAAAAGAGUGGUGCUUAUUAAACAGCUGGGCGUGAAUCCGACGAGCAUCGAGACGGUCGAGCUGGGCCACCACGGCGAGGCCGAACUUCGGCCCGGGCAGACGCUGCACGUCGUCAACGCCUCCUACCCGAUGCAUGUCGAGUUCCGCGGUCCGGCCUCCCCCCCGCCCUCCACCCUGGCCUCCACUUCGGCCUCCGCCUCAGCCCCGUCCCCGACCACGUCGCCAUCAGGGCGACCGUCCCAUGUUCCCAAGCGUGCCUGGCACUCCCCGUCGGGGUCGGACAGCCAGGCGGGAUCCAUCAGGAAGUUCCUGAAAUUCGUCGGCGGGAAGGACCACGCGAAGGACAACUCCCCGAGCGUGUCGCCAACCAAGGGGAACGCGCAGAAGAGUCCGACCGGCCAGCGGGGUCAGCCGGCCCACUGGAGUCAGAGCUUGAGGGACGCCAUGGAUGACCCGAGCGUGCAGAUCUUCCGCGAUGAGCAGGUGGUGGUGAUCCUCGACAAGUUCCCCAAGGCGCGCCACCACUGGCUCGUGCUGCCCUGGCGGUUCGUGGCGAACGUGAGCGUGCUGCGCGCCGACCACCUGCCGCUGCUGCGCCACAUGCACGACGUGGCCGAGAGGCUGUCCCGCCAGGUGCAGCCGUUGGGCGCGGCGACGGCGCCGCCAACGUUCCGCCUGGGGUACCACGCCAUCCCCAGCAUGAGCCGCAUUCACAUGCACGUCAUCAGCCAGGACUUCGACUCGCCGAGGUUGAAAACUAAGAAGCACUGGAACUCUUUCACCACGGGUUACUUCAUCGACUCGGAGGUCGUGAUGCGCAUGGUGGAGGAGGACGGGCGUGUGGUGAUACCCGAAGACACGGCGGAGCUGCUGAAGAAGCCCCUGCAGUGCCACAUGUGCCACCGCGACAUCUCCACCAUCCCCAAACUCAAGGAGCACCUGGGCACACACAAGCUGUAAGCGGCUCUCUACGACGGGAACGAACCGGGGCGCCGCCGUUGCUCGUCGACAGCCAACGGACGCGUCACCGGGCGGGACCGGUUCUCGGGAGGAGUAGGCGUUGCCGGUGCUAAAGAAACGGUCGUGGGAUGCCUAUCGCUGACGAGAAUCGCUCGUACGAUCCGAAUCGUGAUGAGGAUCGAUAAAACCUCUUAGGUGAAGUUAGGUGAAUAGGUUUGUGCUGCCCGUCGUGUGAUGGGUCACAAGGCAGUGGAAACUAUGAGUUGUCUAAAAUCGCCUUUUGUCCACACGGCGGUUAGUCGAUCGCCGGGUCAGCUAACUGCGCUGGUUGCGUGUGGUGGUGGGGUAAAGUGUGGGGGCUAACCAUCCCUUCCAAGAUGUCUGGCCAGCAUGGAAGAGUAGGCCAAAUACCCUCUAGAGGGGCUCUCUAGAGGGUCCUCUGGUGGAGAUUCACCCACCAGCAGUGGAAUCCGCAAGCUAUUGCAGGGCUGCACUUUUACCUUUUUAAGAUGAAUAGUUAAUCAUGUACAACCCCAUGUCAAACCAGUGAUGAUUGAAAGCGUGUCAAUGCUGUGUCAGUCAUGGGGAUUGUUUGACCACACUUUACCAUGCUGGUCAGCGUACGUUGGUGAAACGAGGGGGUCCAGGACCAAUAAAGAUAAAGCCAUGGCUGGAAAUCGAAGUCAGGUUCUCACCCGAUUGUUGAUCGUGCAGUCCUCGAAUCACUGCGCCACCCAUCGAACCCUAGAUGGAACGGUAAGGUGACCUUUAUUUAAUCCAGGUGAGGGCCUAUUGAGACAAUGAUUCACAGAGACCUGGACCAUAAAAGUACAACAAAACAUGUGAAAAAAGACGUGCGUAUGUUUGUUGAACUUAUUUGGCACCCGUAUGUAGCCAACUGUGCUAAUGGGACGUGCGGUGGAAGGAUAAACUAAACGAAAAGAAAAGAUAACGUGAAUGUAGCAGUGAAACAAAUGUGAAAUAGUUUAUAAUAUUUCAAUGAAGUCCAAAUGAAGAUGGAAUUUACUCCAUGAAACAGCCCUCAUUUGAAAUCGAUGUGUUUCAGGCCGUCUGGCACCAGCUUAAAAUCUUUUGCUCGAAGAGGAAUUCUGGUCUUGGUGAAUCCGAAUCGUUAUUUAGACUGAGGAGGAAUCCGAUGAGCUAUGAAUCUAUUUUCCGCAUGUCCGGUAGGGGGCAGGUAGUGAAGACACCCCCACCCCUAACGCUACUGUCGCCACCCACGCACGACCACCUUCUGUGCAUACUCCCCGUUUCCACAACCCACGCCAAGACAGAGAGACGAGACAAAGGUCUCCCAUAUAUCUUCUUGGUUCUUUCGGUAAAGUCACGUAGAAUGGAAAUAAUAAAAUAAUAA